UGAUACAGCGUUAUCCUAUAAAUACCUCUCCAUGAAGCUAAAGCUCUUCACUCACCCAUGAAAUAAUCCAUCUCCUUCUAUUUUUGUACUAUAAUAGACCUGACCUAAAAUAGUCACCAAAGCCACAAUGUGCUUGCUCGCUAAAUCACUUUCCAAGUUAUUCCAAGCCCUGCUUAUUCUCAUAUUUCUAUCUUCUAUAUCUUUCUUCAUCAAUUCUUCUGCUUCCGCUGCAACUUCAGUCUCUGCCGAUGCAAAGAGUGAUGAACCAGUUAAAGGGGGAAAGGAAGCUGAUUCUCUCUUAAAAUGGAAAGCCAGUCUUGAUAACCAAAGCCAAUCUGUUUUAGAUUCUUGGGUUGGCAGCAGGCCUUGCAGUUGGGUUGGGGUCACUUGUGAUAGCUCUGGAAGUAUCACCAAUUUGAGCCUCAUUAAUUUACGUUUAAGAGGUACGCUUCAUAGUUUCAAUUUUUCAUGCUUUCCCAACCUUUUAAGUCUUGAGAUUUGUAACAACUCAUUGUAUGGGACCCUUCCGUCACAUAUCUGUAAUCUCUCCAAAAUUACCUUAUUGAACAUGUCCGGCAAUCAUCUCACAGGAAAUAUUCCAUCUGAGAUAGGUUUGCUGACAAAUCUUUCUAAGCUUGAUUUGUCAAGUAACAAUCUCACAGGUUCAAUCCCUCCUUCCAUUGGAAAAUUGAGGGAGUUAUCAAUUCUUCGGCUUUUUGAAAACGAACUCUCUGGAUCCAUCCCCCAAGAAAUUGGGAUGCUUAGUUCUCUUUUUGAACUCUCUUUGGGCGAAAACAAUCUCAAAGGCUCAAUCCCUACUUCCAUAGCAAAUUUGAAAAAUCUUUCUAUUCUCUACUUGUGGGGUAAUAAACUUUCUGGUUCCAUACCUUCAGAAAUUGGGUUCUUAAAAUGUUUACAACAACUUGAACUAUCGAGUAAUGGUUUUACUGGUGUAAUCCCUUCAUCUAUUGGACACUUGAGAGAUUUGUUGAUUCUUGACCUUCAUGACAACAAACUCUCUGGCUCCAUACCUUCAGAAAUUGGGUUCUUAAAAUGUCUAAGAAAACUUGACUUGUCGAGUAAUGCUAUGUCCGGACCAAUCCCUCCUUCCAUUGGAAAUUUGAGAGAGUUAUCAUAUCUUAACCUUGGGAUCAACAAACUCUCAGGAUCCAUCCCCCUUGAAAUUGGGAUGCUUAGUUCUCUUUCUGAACUAUAUUUGGAGAAAAAUGAACUCACAGGUUCAAUCCCUACAUCAAUAGGAGAACUUAAAUCCCUUCACAUGUUGGAAUUGCCAUUCAACCAACUCAACGGUUCCCUGCCUUUGGAAUUCAAUAAUCUUACUCGUUUGAAGUCACUGCAUUUGUAUGGGAAUGGAUUCACUGGUCAUUUGCCAGAAAAUGUAUGCCUUGGAGGGUUGCUUGAAAAUUUCACUGCUGGCUGUAAUCAUUUCUCAGGUUCGAUCCCCAAAACCUUGAGAAAUUGUACUAGCUUAUUUAGACUUAGACUUGAUUGGAAUCAAUUAACAGGGAACAUUUCAGAAGAUUUAGGGAUAUACCCGCAUUUGAAUUUCAUUGAUUUGAGUAACAAUAGAUUUCAUGGAGAGCUUUCAUGGAAAUUGGGGAAGUGGAAAAACAUCACGUCAUUAAAAUUUUCAAACAACAACAUCUCUGGCAGCAUACCACCCGAGCUGGGAAAUGCUACUCAAUUACAUCUUAUUGACCUUUCCUGGAAUCAUUUGCAAGGGCAAAUUCCUAAAGAAUUGGCAAAGUUGAAGCUGUUGUUCAAAAUUUGUCUUAAUAACAACAAUCUUUUUGGCCUUGUCCCUUUAGAUUUGAAGGUGCUAUUUAAUCUGGAUGAACUUAAUUUAGCAGCAAAUAAUCUAAGUGGUUCAAUUCCUGGACAACUUGGAGAACUUCCACAUUUAUUGGUCUUGAAUUUGAGUGGAAAUGAAUUUACAGGAAGUAUUCCGUUUGAGUUAGGGAAUCUACAUUUUCUAGAAGUUCUUGAUCUUAGUCAAAAUUUGUUGAUGGGACAUAUGCCAAAACAACUUGGGCAAUUGAGAAAUCUAGAAGUGUUGAAUCUCUCCAAUAACAUGCUUUCUGGUUUGAUUCCAACCACUUUUGUUGAUUUGUGGGGCUUGACUACUGUGGAUAUAUCCUACAAUGAGUUAGAAGGUCCUAUUCCCAAUGUAAAAGCCUUCCGUGAUGCUCCAUUUAAGGCAUAUAGAAACAAUAAAGGCUUAUGUGGUAAUGCUAGUAGUCUAAAGGCUUGUACGUCUGUCAAAAGUGGUAAAACUCAGACAAAGAGCAAAAAAGUUGUCAUUCUGAUUUUACUUCCUGUUUUGGCCACCCUCUGUCUGUUGCUCUUGAUUGGAGGUCUCUUGAUUCUUUUUCGACUUAGAAAAAGAAAAGCCCAAUCAAGGGAAUCAAAAGAUGAAGAUAUACUGGUGAUACCUGGUCAUGAUGGGGAAUUACAAUAUGAAAAAAUCAUUGAGGCCACUGAGGAUUUCAACUCCAACUAUACCAUUGGAGCAGGUGGAAGUGGAGUCGUUUAUAAAGUUGUGCUGCCAUCAGGUCGAGUGUUUGCUGUGAAAAAACUUCAUCCAUUACAGGAUGACAAGUCAAGGAACUUGAAAGCUUUUGAAAGAGAGAUUCAAGUGUUGUUAGACAUUCGACAUCGAAAUAUUGUGAAGUUACAUGGUUUUUGUUCACAUUCAAAGCUCUCUUUUUUGGUUUAUGAGUUCAUGGAAAGGGGGAGUUUGAGAAGCAUUUUAACAAGUGAAGAGCAAGCAGCAGAACUGGAUUGGAUCAGAAGGCUAAAUAUUGUCAAAGGGGUGGCCAAUGCGUUAUCUUAUAUGCACCAUAAUUGCCCUUUUCCAAUCAUUCAUCGGGACAUUUCUAGCAACAACAUUCUUUUGGAUUCAAAAUACGAGCCUCAUGUAUCUGAUUUUGGCACAGCUAGGCUUUUAUUGCCUAACUCUUCCAACAGAACGUCCUUUGCUGGUACCUUUGGAUACACAGCUCCAGAAUUAGCCUACACAAUGCAAGUGAAUGAAAAAUGUGAUGUGUAUAGUUUUGGGGUGAUAGCACUGGAGUUAGUAAUGGGAAAGCAUCCAGGCAACCUCAUCUCAUCUCUUUGGUCAUCAGCAUCUUCCUCAUCACUGAAUGAUCAUCAUAAAUUGUUAAAGGAUGUGAUUGACCAGCGUCUUCCACUUCCUCAAAAUCAAGUUGCAGAGGAUGUUGUCUACAUUACCAUGUUAGCAUUUACAUGCUUGCGUAUCAAUCCCAAAUCUCGGCCUACAAUGCAACAAGUUUCCUCGAAGAUGAUUCCUAAGUAUCCUCUAAUUUCAAAGCCAUUCUCCACAAUAAAAUUAGAAGAACUAUUUCCCGAAAGUAGCACCGACGUUUGAAUAUUUUCUUGCAGGUCUAUAUAGAUGUGUCUUGGUUGUCUGUAUCUCUCCUUCCAGGUUUUUUCAGUUGGCAUGCGAUAUCUUAGGUUGGGUAUAUUAGGGUGGCCUAUUGGCUUGGUUUUAGCUAAAUUUUGUAAAAAUUAUUGUUUAUUAAAACAAAAACUAGUAUUACUACUUUUUAAGGCAAUUUAGCGCUAGAUCACUAAUCUCCUAGAGAUAAAAUUGCAUUAAACACAAAUUGCCUAAUUAUUUAAUUGAUUUUUUGUACUGUGAGGUUUUAAUCUCGUUACACUCGACUUCCAUUAAUAGAACAACGUUUGAAAUUGAGAAUA